CAUACACACAUGCGAUACCGUAUGUGCAAAGGUGCGUAGCAUAUGUACAAAGUAAUCUUGCGUGUUGUCAUCUUUCUCUACCUGCCCGGCUCCUCCAGCUCCACCUCCUUCUCCUCCUCCAGCAGGUCGAGUCCAAUCCAAUCGAGUCAAUCAGCGCAGCGGCACACAUCUGCUUGCCCCUCCGUCGUGGUCCGCCCGUCCGCCCGUCCGCCCAUCCAUCCAUCCAUCCUCCUCCGGGAAACGACAGCAAACAUGCAUUACUGUACAUACAUACAUUCACCCUAUCUACAAACGUACGUACGCACAUACAGAUUUCUUACUCACAUCGCAUCACAUCACAGCGAGCAACAAUAGCACCGGCACCAGCAGGAGCAGCAGCGUAGUGCAGCAGCAGCGCAAAUCCCUCUCGCUCGCACGCACGUACAUGAUGCCGUUGCUCAUAUCUCUGUCGCCAAUUGGAAGCAUCGCCCGCACUCCGCACUCCGCAGGGCAGGACAGGACAGGACUCCGGUCCGGUCCCGAAUCCGGGACCGGAAACAUUCGCGAGCUUCGCUCGCCUCGUCGUCGAUGGCGCGCGGCGGCCGCGGCGGAGAGAUGCGGGG